AUGAAAACAUGGAAGAAUUUAUUAUCUUCUCUUUUUUGUUGGCUUUCAGUAGAUCAGUGGAAGGGGUCGGUCAGUACAGAAAAUGCUGUAAAGACGGACAAGCAUUGAACUCUAACAGGCAGUGCACGUCAGAGGGGACUGGUCCAAGCUCAAUUCUUGAUUUAGAAGAAAGAUAUCAGCCAGAUUUUGAAUUGAUUGGAGUUGGAUUUCCUGAUUGUUCUUAUACAGAAGCUUUCCAAUUCAAUAUAAGUUCAAAAUUUACCAUCUGGACAGAUCAAGGGUUACAGCUAGCAAAAUACUCAAAAAUAUUUCAAGCUUCGGAGUACUGUUUGGAUUUCUUUGAAGACCAGGUUUUAGAUUAA